GCACUGUUUCCUUAAAAAAAAACACGGGAACUAUAAUUGGUCCGGCCAAAGCAAGGUGAUCGCUUUGAACGCCUCCUGGUGCUACACGGAAAAAAAAUAGUGACAUUUCCAGUAAAUGGAUUUCAUCUCCGUGGCCUACACACGGUAUUUUAUUUGCAUAAACUAAGGAGGAAGUUCGGCUCGGAACGGCUGUUAAUCUUUAAACUUGACGCACGUCGGAAAGUCCCAGUGAGCGCAGUCAAACACGAAAGUUUAGAAAAAAACUCAGAACAAGUUUAGAACAACUGUUUUACUUUUGUUGCUUUGUUUUUUAAUGUGAUAAUAAUAAUGAUCCAUCUUCGUCAUACCAUUUUUAUAGACAUUCUCGCGCUUGCUGAAAUUCAGUGAAGAAGCGGGUGCUUUAAGGAAUUUCUCGGCAGCGGAGCUUCGUCGAAUAGGUUAUGGAUUGGGAUUGAAUGGCUUUGACGUCUUCUGAGGAUGUAUCUAAUUGUUUACAGUAUCGUGUUGUUGUCCGUUCAUGCAACUCUAACGUCCGGUCUUCGGAUAUUGCAAUCGCCACCUCUGAACUGUACACAAGAGGGUCUGAGAUGCACGGCAAAUAUAAACAACUGCUUGGACCAAGGCUGGCUAAGACCCAGGAAAUACACUCCGACUGAUCCGAAGAACCUGACGGUGAAGCUGGACGUGAGAGAGGAUGAGAACGGUGACCUCGUGCCGGUUCUUCUGGUGAACUGGGCAGCGCAGAUCGACGGGAGCAUUAAAUUCAUGGACGGCACAGAGGUCUACGUGCUGGAAAUGUCUAUCAACCUGAACCGCUGCGUUCGCUACAUCUUUGCCAACAAGAUCACGCACAAGAAGAACUCGCCAGAUGAACCGUGGUCAUUUUCACUGGACAGAUUGGUGGUGGACCCUGACCAGAAAUACAUAGUUUCUGUCAAUAAUCUGCCCAAGCCAAACCUGAACCACGAUAGCUACAAUGUCUCUAAAGAGAUUACCAUCCCAGGGUGUGCAGAUGCCAUAAUAAAGAAAACUAAAAAGUGUGUGGAGAGCGGAAGUUUAUGGAAGUCCAACAUUAGCUUGGAGAUGUCCAAAGGGCAAGAUGGCAAAGCAGCGAUCACCGUGGGCUUCGACGGCGACACGCUCUCUGAGAAGUACAGCGUAGCCGUCCAGUGCGUGUCCAGUAACACGGAGUACCAGACCGUAAAGAAGAGCAAUCGGACGUCUCUGAAAGCAACUUUUGCUCUUGGAAUGUGGCCUCGAACUUGUUGCCAUUUUAAGGUGGAGAUCCAGCCAUUUUUUGUGUCGUGCCAAAACGACUGUAUUCGACGCUGGAAGAAAUUUAACAUCUGUCCAAGCAGCCCGACGUUGUCACCCGGGGUUCCAUUCCAAACUCCUCUGGCAGUUGGCCUUGUUCUCGCUCUCGGUGUCGUCCUGCUUUGUGGGAUAGCCUGCUGUGCCUAUUUCCACUGUGGAAAACUGCUGAUGAAAGAUCAGCGAGGAGCAAAAAUAUCCCAGAAAGAUCCAGAUUUCCCUAUGAAAGACUCGCAGGACAAACCCAGCACCCAGAGGAAAGUGCUCCUGAUCUACUCGCUGGACCACCCUCUGUACAGAGACGUCGUCCUCAAGCUGUGCGCCUUCCUGACUGCCAAGUGCGGCACCGAGGUGGUCCUGGACCUGCUGGACUCCGCCUGGCUCGGCGCCGUGGGCCGCAUGCAGUGGCUGGACUGGCAGAAGCAGCAGAUCGAGAAGUCGUCCGACAAGAUCCUGAUCCUGUGCUCACGGGGCGUGCGCGCCAAGUGGAGGGCGAUGUGCGGAGAGGGCCGGGUGAUGCUGAGAGAGGACCUCCGCUCGCCCAUGGGGGACAUGCUCACCCCUGCCCUCAGUCUGAUUGCCCCAGACUUGCUGCGAGCAGCUGCGCUGGAGAAGUACAUCGUGGCGUACUUUGAGGACGUGAGCAGUGAGGAAGACGUCCCGGCCCCGUUCAACAUCACCGUCAAGUACAAGCUGAUGAAGCACUUUGAGGAACUCUACUUCAGAAUCCUGGACCAGGAAAAACAUGAGCCGGGAAGGGUGAACCGCAUCGAGGGAAUAGCGCCAGAUGAAUAUUUCAACUGCCCCUCGGGUAGAGCCUUGAGGGACGCCAUCGAGACUUUGCAGGCCUACCAGCUGGAGAAUCCUGACUGGUUUGAAAAGGAGUGUGUGGACAGCGAGGAAGAAGUGGCAGAGUCCGAGCUACAGCACCCUCUUCUUGCAGACACGUGCGGAGACCCUGUAUUUCAGUGUGUGCCAGAGUUUAAGGAAGGGCCUCCUGUCCUUGUCAACGAGGUGGAGUUCAAUGAAGAUGACAGAGGCGUCCGGGCAUUAAUUCCUCUCGUGAACCAGGGAGGGGAAGGGCUUUCCAUCUACGAAUCUCAUCCGGGUAUUUGUGCGGAGCAGAGCCAGGUCUGUUCCUCACAUUCCCUGGCGAGGGCUACUCCAGGUGUCCUGGAUGCUGGCCCCUCGCUUUUCACCUUCAAGGGACACCGGCCUGUGAAUGCAGAACCUGCCCUGUGUGAACCUGCCGCCCCGAGAGUGAACAGGCUGUGCCGGCCAGAGGAGUCACCUGGAGAGAGCUGCCCAGGUGAGGAGGAGGAGGAGGAGGAGGAAGAGGGAGAGGAAGAGCAGCUCCACGCCUCUCUUGGUCCACCUUCCCAGGAAUCUCUACAGCGCCUGCGGGCUCUCCAGGAAUCUCUGUGUCCCAUCGUCCCAGCGCGCGUGGAGGACGAGUCCGUUUUCGACGUGGAGGGGCGGCGCGAAUGGAUCCAGGAGAAGAGGCCGCAGAGUGGAUCAGACCAAGGGUACAUCUCCAGGUCCCUCCUCCAGGACUCGACGCUUAGACAGGGCUCUGCAGACCCACUGGACGCUCUGUCCAAACUCCAGGAGGCGUGUCUUCUGAACAGCCUCGCCCCCUCCAGCGGCUUUCCCGAUACGCCAAGCUACUGAGCGGGUUUUGCUCACGGCCGUUAAAGAGGAACGUCUAAAGAAGUAGACCUGAGCUUGCUUUUCAAAGUUUGUAUGCCGUUUGCUUUAAAAUAUUUUUUUGUCCAUUUUUUUUUAUUGAACCAUGCCAGUGUAGGUAAAUAUCACAGAACUCAUGAAAACAUUAGUUAAUUUAUUUAUUUAGCUGUUCGGCAAUUUUCGACAGAUCGUAAGUACACCACGCAGUACAAACCAUUUAAAAAGCUGCAAAAUGCAUUUAUAAUGUUUUUAUGUGUAACACCUCAAAUCACUGUACCUUAUGUGGUUCACUGUCAAACUUGACAAAUAGGAAUAUAUUUUUUGCUUAAUUCUUGACAGCUAGUUAAAUUCUUCUUUUUUUUUUCUUUCUUUCAUAUCUUUAAUAUAUUUCAUAGUACAUGGCCAAGACUUCCUGUAUAUUUAGACGAGUAAAGUUGGAAGUUAACAGAAUAGAAUUCUCAACGAACACAGGUUAACAUUCUUAAAGAGAACAGCCUAAAUUUGCAUAAAACUGGUCACAUUUAAUGUUGAAGUGCUGCUGAGUUUGCAUCCAUAAUACACAUGAAGGUGACACUUUUUUAAAAGAAAAGGUGGCAAGAUUUUAAAAAAAACAAAUGAAAAUAAUGUCAAAAUUGAGUGGGGAGCAAUCCUCGUGCCCUGUAAUGUGGUGGGAACCUUUUGAUCCAUCAGUGAAGGGCUCUGGAAUUUCCCUUACAAUUCAACGCCCACUUUGGUCAUUAUUUAAUCUGCAACCGUCUUCAACCCACAAUAAAGCAUUGUUUCCUGAACAGAAGGAUGUCUUUCAAGUUCAGUGUGUGACGGUUUCAUAUGGUGACGGUUUCAUAUGAACGAUUUGUUAGAUGUUAAGCAACGAAGUAGAACAAUCUGUUUGGUCCUUAUGACCCAUGCAGUUGUUUUCAGACUGAGAUGACUGUAAAUUUCAGCAAUGGAUUUACCCUGUGAUAUUUACCUUUUAUUAUUAUUUUGUAAAUAAGUUAUACAGUUCAUUAAUUUUAAGCUUCCUUUUAUUAAUUUUAUUAUUAUUGUUCUCUUUACUUUUUGUGUUAUAGAGAGUGCUAUUGUUGUCUCAGACAGAGGAAAAUCUUUGCAUCUCAUAAGAGAGAGCCGUCCAUUUAUUUUGGUGAUGAUGGUAUGUUCCUGUGGAAAACUGAACUUCUGCAGACAGCCAUGAUUAUCAAAGUUCCAUAUAUCGCACUCAGCUAAUUAUGUUUUGCUGUAUUAUUGUUUGCCCUUUGCUAGAUAUAUAUUUCUGUCUUCUAGAGCUGGGCUGUCCUUAUACUCCACACCUCAUUUGUUAUUUAUGUGAGUGUCCAACUUGCCUGUAGUUGGCCUUAGGGCCAGGAGUACUGCUUUUUUUUCUUUUCUUUUUUUUUUUUUUACAAAUGUAUAAAUAAAUAUGUACAAACA